AUGUGGUCUUUCAAGAAGUUGCAAUUGCCUUCAUUUUUGUCAUCUAAUUUGGUUGUUUUGGUUUUCAUUCCUUUGAUUCUUCUUUCAAUUAUUGCUUGUACAUUAAUAGGUCCACAAAGUAGUUCAUCUUUUGUGUCAUUUUCUUCUUCUUGGAAAUGGAAGUCUGUUGGAAUCUUUAACUCUUAUUCUUUGAGGUCUUUAAGUAGUUAUGAAGAGCAACAUAAGGCUUCUUCAUCUUUUACUUCUCCUUUCACCAAUAAUUCAUUUCAUGAGAAUUUGGUAGUUCAAGAAGAGUCAAUACCUCAUCAACCUCCCCAAAAGGAAGAAGGAGAAGAGAUUGAGAGGGAUGAAUCAAAUGAAGGAGAAGAAGAGAUUGAUAAGGAUAUAUCUAAUGAAGGAGAAGAACAUGGUAAUAAUGCAACUAAAGGGGUGCUUAAAAUGUAUAGCAAGUUAGAAAGGCUAGAAGCAAUUUUGGCAAAAUCUAGAUCAUCAAUAAGAGAAGCUGCUAGAAAUGGGAGUAUGAAAUCUAACCAUCAUGACCCUGAUUAUGUUCCUCAAGGCCCCAUGUACCAUAAUGCAAAUGCCUUCCACAGGAGCUAUCUUGAAAUGGAGAAGAACUUCAAGGUAUAUGUGUAUGAGGAAGGAGAACCUCCAAUAUUCCAUAAUGGUCCAUGUAGGAGUAUAUAUUCAACAGAGGGAAGAUUUAUACAUGAAAUGGAAAGGGGGAGCCUUUAUAGAACAAAAAAUCCAGAUGAGGCCUUGGUGUAUUUUCUACCAUUCAGUGUAGUUGUGAUGGUUCAAUACCUUUUUGUCCCUGGUGCCCAUGAUAUGCAUGCCAUUGGUAGAACUGUUGCUGAUUAUGUCAAAGUUAUUUCUGAAAGACAUUCUUUUUGGAACAGAAGUCGUGGUGCUGAUCACUUCAUGCUCUCUUGUCAUGAUUGGGGGCCACAUUUGACUUCAUAUGUUCCACAUCUCUUCAACACCUCCAUAAGAGUUCUAUGCAAUGCUAAUACCUCAGAAGGUUUUAAUCCUCUAAAAGAUGUAUCCUUACCGGAAAUCAAUCUCAAGACGGGCGAUAUCAAAGGACUCAUUGGAGGUCCCUCACCAUCAAGAAGAUCAAUCCUAGCAUUUUUUGCUGGUGGUUUACAUGGUAACAUAAGACACCAUCUACUAGAACAAUGGAAAGGAAAAGAUGAAGAUGUGCUGGUUUAUGACAAACUUCCAAAUGACAAAUCUUAUGAAACCAUGUUGAAGAACAGCAGGUUCUGUUUAUGUCCAAGUGGAUAUGAAGUUGCAAGUCCAAGAAUUGUCGAAGCGAUAUAUGCAGAAUGUAUACCUGUCUUGAUAUCAGAUAGCUAUGUGCCACCGUUUAGUGAUGUCUUAAAUUGGAAUGCAUUCUCUGUGACUAUUGGUGUGAAGGACAUACCAAAUAUCAAGAAGAUACUGAUGAGUAUUUCUCAGAGUCAGUAUUUGAGAAUGCAUAGGAGAGUGAAGCAAGUGCAAAGGCAUUUUGUGAUCAAUGGAUCUCCUAAAAGAUUUGAUCUUUUUCAUAUGAUUGUUCACUCCAUAUGGCUAAGAAGAUUGAAUAUAAGAGUUCAAGAAUAGGAGUUAACAUAGUACUUAUUUUCAACAACUUAAAGAAGAGCAACUUUCAACAGUUGAA